AUGUCGUCAUCCGGUGCAGAUGCUGCUGCGGCCCCGGCGCCUGUAGCCACCAACGACAAGGAUGCGACGGCGGACGAGCUUGCUGCGCCGCCAGAGGCGAUUCAGAUGACCGAUGAGGAGGAGAUGGGCGCUGCCGCCGACAAAGACCAGAGCGAUUCCGGUAAGCUCAAGACCCUCAUGGGCAUCCUCAAGCGCAUGGUCGGAGUCAAGGAUAUCGCCGCCAUCCGCAUCUCGCUCCCGGCCAACCUGCUGGAGCCCGUGCCCAACCUCGAGUACUGGAACUACCUCGAUCGCGGUGACUUCUUCACCCUCGUCCCGGAUCUCGACGAUCCGCUCGACCGCAUGCUUGCCGUGCUCCGCUUCACCUUCACCAAGGAGCUCAAGUAUGUAAAGGGCAAGAUUUGCAAGCCUUACAACUCGAUCCUCGGCGAGCAUUUCCGCUGCCACUGGGACUUUGAGCCCGCCAAGAUGACAGACUCGCACAUCGUACCCGUCCAGUCGCUGGCCGUCGAGGCGCCCGAGCCCCUGCCUCUCGCUUCCACCCAAGCACGAACCCCCACACUCAACGCCAAGAAGGGCAGCACGCCCCCUUCGCCUCUCGUGACGCCGCAGGACCAAUCAAGACCCUCCUCCGUUCGAAACCUCAGCAUGGAGACCUCGAACAACAGCAGCAGCAACAACAACAGCACCACCUCAUCUGCCAAGAAGGGACUCUCGAAGCUGCUGGGCAGGAAGAAGAGCACCAAAGACACCUCUGAAGCUGCCAACGUCGCGGCCUCAUCGGCUCAUGCCGCUCGCGCAAGCGAAGACACCGCCGACAACGCCAACGACGCCGCCUCCGUCUCUGGCUCGAGCAUGCAGCGAGCAGGCAAGAGGCGUCUCUGUUUCUUGACAGAGCAGGUGAGCCACCACCCGCCCAUCUCGUCCUUCUUCUGCGAGGCCAAGGACGCCGGCGUCCAGCUCUACGGAGUCGAUCAGCUCGGCGCCAAGUUCACCGGCACGAGCGUCAAGGUGUUCCCGGGCGAGCAGAACCAGGGCAUCUUCCUGCGGCUCACCGAAAAUGCAAAGUGCGGCGCGGCCGGCGAAGAGUACCAGAUCACACACCCGACCGCUUCGAUCAACGGUCUUCUGCGUGGAAGCCUCUGGGUGGCCAUCUGCGACAACCUCUACGUCACCUGCCGCGGCGGCAGGCGAGACAAGGGCGAAGGCGACGACGGCAGCCGACUGCGCGCCAUCGUCGAGUACAAGGACGAGAGCUGGAUCACCAAGGCCAAGUAUGCGCUCGAGGGCGUCAUCUACUCGUACGGGCCCAACGACGAUCCGGAGGAGUACACGUCGGCCAAGCAGGUGCCGCAGGACAAGGUGCUGGCCACGUUUGAAGGAUGCUGGAAGGGCAAGAUCACGUACAAGAGGAAGGGCGACAAGGAAUCACGCGUGCUGCUCAACAUCACCGAUGUGGACCCCAUCGCGAAAUCGGUACGACCGCUGGCAGCGCAGGAGGAGAUGGAGAGCCGAAGGAUCUGGGAGCCCGUCACCAACGCCAUCCUGGGCAAAAAGUACAGCGAGGCGACCAAGAACAAGCAGGAUAUUGAGCAGAUGCAGAGGAACGCAGCGGCGGAGCGCAAGCGCAACGGCGAGACUUUUGUGCCGCGCUUCUUUGACGCCGACAUCUCGGACGGCCGACCCAAGCUGACCGACGAGGGCCGAAAGGCGAUUGAUGGAGAAUACCAGCUUGCGGGCUACGACGGCGCUGUCGACGACAAGGUCGCAGCAGUCAACGCGCAAAAGGUGGAAGACGCGGAUGAUGACGACGAGGACGAUUUCCAGGAUGCUCAGAACUAG